GGUCCCGUGAGGGACGCUAGGGCAAGGGGUCCCGGUAUCGGGUCCCCGGUGGAGGCAUCGCCUGGCUGAGCAUCUCUGGCACGCCAGGCAUGUCAUGCUGCCCAAGGACAUCGCCAAGCUGGUGCCCAAGACGCACCUGAUGUCGGAGUCGGAGUGGAGGAACCUGGGCGUGCAGCAGAGCCAGGGAUGGGUCCACUACAUGAUCCACGAGCCAGAGCCUCACAUCCUGCUGUUCCGAAGGCCACUGCCAAAGAAGCCGGAAAACGUAUCCACACACGACCGUGCUCGGAGAUAUCCGCGGGCAUGGCUGGUGGCAAAGACUCUGCUGCGUGCCCCGUCCCCGUGUGAGCGCCCCGCUGCGCAGGAGCAGGCGGCUGUUUCUGCAGGACGCCCGAGGCCGGCUGGAAGGGCCCGAGCUGGCAGUUACUCAGACGGGCCUGCCCGCUUCCCCUACGUGCUCACCUCGGGCGGCAUCGGCCCCACGCACGACGACGUCACCUUCGAGGCCGUGGCCCGGGCUUUCGGCGAGGUCCUCGUCCCCCACCCGGAGCUCGUGGCCCUGGUGCACAGGUUCUUUGGCAAGACGGACGCUUCGUGCCCUGAGAUGAAGCUGGCCCGCAUCCCCACCUCCUCCCGCCUCAACUACGGCACCGACCGGCGCACUGGCAGCGCCUUCAAGUACCCGCUGGUCAGCGUGCGCAACGUCUACAUCUUCCCCGGCAUCCCGGCACUCAUGGAGCGGGCCCUGGACGGGCUCUCCCACCUCUUCCGCAACGAGCAGACCUGCUUCCACUCCCGCACCAUUUACGUGGCGGCCGACGAGAUGCUUAUCGCGCCCGUGCUGGACCAGGCCAACACCAGCUUCCAGGGACGCGUGAGCUUGGGCUCCUACCCAGACUGGGCCAGUAAUUAUUACCGCGUAAAGCUGACCCUGGACUCGGAGUCAGAGGAGCACCUGGAGGACGCAUAUCGCUUCCUGAUGGAGAAGCUGCCGCCCGAUGUGGUUGUGCCUUUCCUGACAGACCCUGUGUCGCAGGCGGCCACGGAAGUUUAUGCCCUGGCUGAGUCAGGGCUGGUGCAGAUCCUCCCUGUAAGAGAGCAGCGUAUAUUAGGGUCGAUGGUGCCCUGGUUCCACCUCGUUGCACUCACCUGCCGGGCCUGCUCUGCAGGAUCACAGUCGCGUCUGCGCGCACGCCUCUGGGCUGUGCAAGCUCUUGGCUUCAGGGCACGAUGCCAGCGACGGCUCUGCAGCGGCUUCAGCGGCGGCAAGGACUGCACAGCCCUGCUGCACCUCGUCCAUGCUGCCGUGCAGAGGCGGUACCCGGAGAGGCAGGAGAAGCUGAAGGUGCUCUACAUCCGCAUUGUGUCCCCCUUCCCUGAAAUGGAGCAGUUCAUCCAGGCGACCGUCCAGAGGUACGAGAUCCAGCUCUGCACCGUGGAGGGCUCCAUCCGGGAGGCCCUGGUCCACCUGAAGGAGCAGCAGCCCCAGCUGAAGGCUGUGCUGAUGGGGACGCGGAGGACAGACCCCUACUCGUGCACCCUGACGCCCAUGUGCAUGACUGACCCUGACUGGCCCCAGUACAUGCGAGUGAACCCCUUGCUGGACUGGACAUACCGGGACAUCUGGGAGUUCCUGCGCAAGCUCUUUGUCCCCUACUGCAUCCUUUACGACAAGGGCUACACCUCUCUGGGGAGCAUGACCAACACACUGAAGAACCCAGCGCUGCGCUACACCAACGCACAGGGCCAGGAGAGUUACCGGCCUGCCUACGAGCUGGAAAACGAGGAGGAAGAGCGCACUUCCCGCCAGUGAAGUCCUAGGGGCCAGUCAAGACCUAUCUGAGGGCAGGCUGUGCUCCGGGAGGCUCUGCUGGUUGCAGGGUCUCCGAGGGAUGAAGGGGAAACCCAGCCCUGCCACCGUUUGGAAGGGACAGCACUGAGAAUAAACCCGCUGCGCUCUUGUCUGCAUCUGUCGCUCUCGCUCGGCUGUGCUGCUCCCUUCAGGCCCUGCUUGGUGACCUGGAGGCCCUCGGGGAUGGGGAGGGGAGAGGACAGCACCUCUCCCUCCCUCGCAGGGGCCUUGCUGGAGGGUCUGUUCGCAGGUACCCCUGUUCCCAUGCGCUUGCAGAGCUCCCUCCUGCAGCCUUGCGGGCUCCGGGAGGGGACAGGCUGUCGCCAGGCAGGGAAGAGGGGUGAGACCGGCUCUGCUGGAACAAAAGGCCACGCUGUGCCGGCAGUGCCCCCUCCCCGAGGGUGCUAUUGUGGGAGCCUUUUGAAGCCAGAGAAUGGAGCAGGUUC